UUAAAAACUGCGUCAUCUGCAGCUUCUCAUCUGCGCCGCCGCCACAGUUGCCAAAACACGGAGCAGCAGCAGCGACAGUGGCAGCGGCAGUAGUGACCAUAGUGACCAGUAUAGCGCGGUUAAAGCCCGGGUUGUUUCGGAGCAAAUCAGAUUAUUGGGAAGGUAAACUGGAUUCUGACGUAAAAGGUUUAAAGCCCCGGCACAGGAAGCGUCGCGCGUGCGGCUCUUGCUCGCUCGCUGUCAGAAGAAGCAGUCGGAAGAGGAGCUCGUGCAGCCGCUAGUCAACAAAACCACCCCCACCUCCACCUCCACCCGCCCACCGCCCAUCACCACUACGCUCAGGAACUGAGCAUGACUGCUCAGAUAUUUCCCCGCGACUGAACGCAACGCACGACCCGGGGAACAUGGCUUCGUAUCUGGAGAUUGCUGAUGACGAGAAAGGCCAUGAGCUGGACCUUUUCUGUGUCCCCAGGCACUAUGAGAAUGAUUUGGACAAGGUGAUCAUCCCGCACGGCCUCAUCAUGGACAGGACGGAGCGUCUGGCCCGUGACAUAAUCCGGGACAUGGGGGGACACCACAUUGUGGCCCUGUGCGUGCUCAAAGGGGGCUACAAGUUCUUCGCUGACCUCCUGGACUACAUCAAAGCGUUGAACCAGAACAGCGAUAAAUCAGUCCCGCUGACAGUGGAUUUCAUUCGGGUGAAGAGCUACUGUAAUGAUAAGUCAACGAACAACGUCAAAGUCAUCGGAGGGGAUGAACUGUCCAGUCUCGCAGGCAAGGAUAUUGUGGAGACGGGAAGGACGAUGCAGACGCUACUUUCCCUGCUGAACGAGUGCCGUCCCAAGAUGGUUAAAGUUGUAAGCCUUCUGGUGAAGAGGACCCCGAGGAGUUCGGGGUACAGGCCAGACUACAUUGGUUUCGAGGUACCCGAUGCCUUCCUGGUGGGAUACGCUUUGGACUACAACGAGUACUUCAGAGAUCUCAGUCACAUCUGUAUACUGAAUGAUCAAGCCAAGGAGAAGUACAAAGUGUGAGUGGAUCAAGUGCUACAGUGGUGAUGUCUGAAUCACUGAAGACUAGGACCACUGUGAUGACCCUCCUUAGCUUUGCUGUGUUUUGAAACUUAUUUAUUUUUCUACAUGAGAAUCCACAAAAAAAAAAAAAGUGACUCGUGGGUUGGAACAAACUUCAAGAGGAAUAUUUUGUUUCGCCCUCAUGGACAAGUGGGAUUAAUAUUGUACAUUAUGAAAAUUUGGGUUCUUAAAUUUUAAUUUAUUUAGCUUAUUUAUGUGUUUAGUAAAUUGUACUUCUUCUGUUGGAAAUGGAGAUGAAGAGUGGCAUUAAUUUGCUCGAGCUUAUUUAAUCGCACACCUCUGUUUUAUCUUCAGUGAGCAGUCAGAAGCCUUUAGUUUGUGUACGUUUGUGUUUAAGUUCAAAAUACCGAUACACCACAUCUUAUCAUUAUGCCAUAAAGUGACUCGUAAUGUACUGUAUGUUUUAUUUAAUACCCAAUGUUGUCAUCUGGGACCUGUUUACAGCUAUAUAAUUUAUGUUCAAGCCUUGAAGCCUGAUUUCUUUUUUGUUGCACUUAUCCAGUUUUCCCAGAGGGGGGAGUAACUUCAGCAUACUUUGUUUAAAAAAAUAACUUUACAUUCAAGCUGCAAAAUCCCUGUGGGUGACACUUGUUCACAUUUUUUUUUUUUUUUUUUUUUACAAGCAAAAGGAUCAUUGCCGCCAUAUUCAGUGCUUCCUCAGCGAACCCGCCAACUCACAUGGCAUUAGCGAAUACUGAAUACUGGAUACAGUACCUUGAGACCUUUUGCUUCAAUGUUACAGCAUAACAGAGAUAAUUGUUUUAUUUAAUAGACUGUAUACAACCUUAUGUUGCUCUAAGGAUUUUUAUAGGCUGGCUUUACUGGGCUUAUACCUUUCCCCAAGUGUCAUCCUUAACAGUUUGUCUACACACGUCUGCGGUAUAUAAAGACACUUUGCCCUCCCAGUUUUCUUCACUGAUAAAUCAAUCCAACAUCUGAAGAAACAAAGGAGGAACAACACUGAAGAAUUUAAGCAACGUCCGUCUGUGCACUGUUGGACCGACUGCAUCGUCUCAAUGGAUCUGGAUCUGAAUGCACGCUGUGAGGCCAGUUCCACUCAGGAUGAGCUACAGCUACAGUCUGUUUGUCUGCAUGUGAAGAAACUGCAGCAGCUAUCUGUGGAUUCAUUUUUUUGACUGCUGUAAACAUAGGUUCACAAAUACUG